AACCUCAAAAUAUGAAUGCAAAAUUCAAUACAAUUUUUGCAUAUACCUUUUGCUAACCAACUCGUUAAUAUGUAGGUCAAAUGUUGGAUUGCAACUAGCCAUGAGUGAAUGCUCCUUUGCAUGACCUGGAAAAGACAGGCACCUCCCUUGUGUCCCUUGAAAGUCCAGUUACAUUCUCAGGGCUGUUUAUUUUAGGAACGCACGUCUGUUGAAAGGUAACAACUUCAGUCUCAUUUGCACCGCACAUUAUGCUACUUACGCAUCGUUCGAGUUAAGUUUUUUAUCCAAAUUGAUUUAAUACAAUAGUAAAAACAUGAGUAAAAUAUUCUACAUUGUUGCGGUCAUGUUUUUCUUCGCCAGCACUGUUGUUUGCAGUUGCUCCGAUGAUCUCUCGUGCUUGAGGAAAAGAAAUGAAGAGCGCCUGCAUGAAAUCGAGCAAAAUCAGGAGUUAAUUAAUGCGAAGUUAGACAAAUUAAUUGAGAUUUUUAACACCAAGAAAACCACGUAUUCAAAUGACGGAUACAUUGGCUUGACCAGUCUAUCGAAAAACUUCGACCCGAAGAAGGAGCAAGGUGGGCCUCCCCACAGACCAGGUGCGACAGCGAGGGUGGAAAUCUAAACGACUUUAUUCAGAAACUUCUCACCGAUAAAGAAAUGUAUAUUUCCUAUUAUCAAAAUAGAAAUUUAAAGUUUCCAGUAUUAUAUAAGUAGUUUAUGUAUGAAUUAUUGCAAUACGGAAUCGCUACCAGGCUAAAAAAUGGUGUACCUAUGCUUAUCAAGUUUAAAUAUAAGUAUCAAACUUUCCAUGUGCAAUUCAGGACAUAAUAAAUAUACAGAUUUGUACUU